AUGGUAGUGUUGGUCCGUUGGGAGCCCAUUAUUCACGACGACUAUCCAUGGAUAAUCCCAUUUUGGGUGCGUCUGAUAGGGAUCCCUUUGCAUCUAUGGACUGAUCGGAAUCUGCGCAAUAUAGGUUCGCGAUUGGGACAUGUCGACAAAGUGGAGCAUACCAAGGGUCGUAUGCUCAUUCAGGUGGAUACCCGUCGACCUUUAAAGUUCUCGCGUAAGGCUGAGUCACCGGAAGGGGAUGAGGUCACGUUGGAAAUCAAGUACGAAAUGUUGUUCAAACAUUGCUCAACCUGUGGUAUGUUAACUCAUGAGAAGGAGUAUUGCCCGUCGUUGGAUGUCAAAAAUAGGAUACAACCACAGACAGAGCGACAUGGUGUUCUCACUCGAGUGCAAGAAGCUACUCGAGCGCUUUCAUUUCCUGCCUUAAGUGAUCAUGAGCUACAAGAUGGAGUUGGGGAUAAGCAUAUCAUAGGUGCCGUGAGUGACAUGGAGAUUGUUGAUCCGCAUGAUGGCGAGAUGAUGGAGUGUGACGUGCGUGAUGAUGAUUUCUUAGGUCAGGAACUUACGGAGAUGGAGAGUUUGGGUUCUCGUCAAGCUUCAGUCAAGAUAGGAAGAUCGGAUGACAAAGCGUCUAGGAGCAGGCGGAAUGAUGCAUAA